AUGGUGAAUAAUAAACUAAAAGAUACCAUCCGUCCUAGUGCAAAAAUAACUGUAGAUGAAUCCAUGUUUGGCUGGUAUGGAAUAGGUGCGUACUUCAAAGACUACAUGCCAGCAGUUAUGAAAAUUAAAAGAAAACCAAAAGGAGUGGGUUGUGAAGUAAAAACAGCGUGUGAUAGUAAUACAAACAUUAUGAUGAGAUUGGAAAUUAAUGAGGAUAAAGAAGCAAUGAGUACGAAGAAAUGGCAAAGAGAAUUUGGCGCUGGAACUACAACUACUUUGAGAUUGACAGAGCCGUGGCAUGGUUCUGGAAGAGUUAUAGUUGGAGACUUAUGGUUUGCUUCGAAUAAGUAUGGUGUGGUUUGCGCAAAAGGCUACUGCGUUGGUGUGUGGAAGGCUGCAGACGACAAGUCGUAUUGUCUAUGGGAUCCUCACGCCGUGGGCCCCACCGGCAAGUUCUCUCCUGGGGGAGCUGCCGCCUUAGUUCUAUUUUCUACUGUAGAUCAACUGGCUGAAACCAUCAAGAAAAAUGUGGAAAUGCUCGAGAGGCCCGGAAUUAACAGGUAUUCCAUAUCGUCGGUAAAAGUGUUCUGGGAGUUCUCUCAGACAGCAGGGCCAGUGACUCCGCAGGGCACCGUACCAGAUGAGGGUUACGAGUGGAAAGUAUUGACGGCGUACGUGGAAACGGCUCGUGGCAGAACUAUACUGAGAGGAACUAGGCCACCAGAUUUGGUUAAGUUCAGUCGUGACGCGAUACUCCAAUCAGCUUGCGGCGCUAUAGCGGGCGCUUGUAUGUCACACAUACGUCGCCCGCCUCUGUGGACGCGUCGCACCGUUGACGAAGUGAUGGCCAUCGGCAGUCAGCUUUUUACUGCCUCGCUUUCCUCUCUCGGAUAUGAAUUUCGGCCCGGAGAAGACGUUUUACUACCCCUGCAGGUCUUGAAACGAUUUUUACUUGGCGUAAAUUACGUCCGAUACGACUUGCAAUCCGUAUACUCUGGUAAACUUGAACAGAAAGAGCCUACGGAAAUGACAGUGAGAUGCGCACUAGAGCGCUUCUUUGAAGAUCACACUCACGGAAUAUUGUGGUCGAUGCCGCACGCGGUGGCGGUGUGGCGUUAUCCGGGCGCUCCGCCCUACUAUAUGCUGGAGCCACACGCUUGCGGCACCACUGGACUCCGUGUCGACGCACAGGAUGAUGGCGCUGCAUGUGUAUUGACUUUCACUUCUCCUAAGCUGAUGGCAUUUGCAUAUCUCCAGAACGUCCCAGCUACGGAGCGUCCGAAGCACGAUUUUCAAUUAUAUGCGAUAUCAGUGACAGUGCAACCUAUUAAGAAGUUUGGUGGCGUUGAGCCACCGCUGGUGAGAGCACCACCUGGCAUCAACCUGGUCCCUGCUACUAGCAAGGUGGGUGUGGACGGCAGCCUGCGCCGCGCAGCCGAGAGCGAUCGCAAACAUCCCCCGGGAAGCGUGACUUGUCUCGACGCUCAACGGGCUGCUGAAUUAAAAGACCGAGAAGAAGGCAAACUUAAAGGACAACGGAACACAACCGGCUGGUUGGUGCUGAACGACGGCACACAGUAUCUGUCAGCUCAGCAUUCCAUGGCCUGUCGGAAAUUCUCCGCCGCUUCUAGAGGCAAGCAGGCUUUGGCGUGCUCAGUAAUGGCAGUGGCGAUGACUCGCGUCGAGGACGUAUGCAGAUGGUGCCCGACCAUAUUAGACCAGAUACUGGAAAGCGGGGACCAGCUAUACCAGGAUAGUUAUCUGCACUACAGACCGCAGCGAAAAGUCCUCACUAUUGAACAGAUCCUUCGCAAGUUCUACACUCCUGGCAAUUGCGUGUGUCGUGUUGUGGUGUACAAAGCGCGGCAGCACGGACGCGUCGACACGGACUUAUUGCAACAAUUGACCGAGUUCUUCCGUGAAGAACGAUCCGGCGUGUUUGUUGCUGGGAAUGGUGAUUUUGCUGUGGCACUUUUCAGGACACCGCGCGGUUUCUACAUGUUUGACCCGGCGGACCGUGAUCGUUACGGACGUGCGGUGGCGCCACCUUGCAUCGGUCGGGCGAGGGCUUGCUUCUCGCAGUAUCCCAAUGUUCGAACAUUAGCUGAUAAACUAGGAGCGAAUAUUCCGCCGGUUGAAAAGGACGCUGGCAAUGAUGAAGAACCAGAGGUGACGGUAAUUGCGGACAAUGCAGAAACUGUUGAAAAAGAGAAAACAAAUAAGGAUGACGAGAAAGAGGAGAUUGCAGUUGUUCGUAUAUCAAUUGCAGUCAGUCUCACUGAAACUAAUUAUCUCACAGGUGCGGUUCAAGGAGCCCGCUACAUUUGCCGUUUACGGUAUGGACGUGAGCAGCUUGCGCAGAAUAAACCAGUACGAAAGAUGAAAGAACAUAAACUACUGACAUCUUCUGCAGCGUACCUUUGA